GUAGACAACCCGUCGUCCUUUGAAAACGUACGGAUCAAAUGGUAUCCGGAAGUGCGACACCACUGUCCCGACAAACCCAUUAUACUGGUGGGCACUAAACUGGACCUCCGGGACAAUCCCGAAACACUAGACAAGCUUAAGGAACGUAAACAGACACCCAUUACUUACCCCCAGGUCCUGGCCAUGACUAAGGAUAUCGGCGCCGUUAAGUACUUGGAGUGCUCGGCCCUCACAGGGGAAGGCCUUAAGGAUGUGUUCAAUGAAGCCGUCCGUGCCGUCCCAUGUCCUCAGGUCAAGCCUAAUAAAAGGAAGCACUGUGUUAUACUAUAA